AUGCUAAGAUCUACAUUCCAAACUUUAUCAAAGAGAACUUUUUCCUCAACAUCAAUUAAUCCAUAUAAGGUAGCAGUCCUUGGUGCAAGUGGUGGUAUAGGUCAACCAUUAUCAUUAUUAUUAAAAUUAAACCAUAACGUAACAGAUUUAAGACUUUAUGAUUUAAGAAAUGCAAAGGGUGUAGCUACAGAUCUUUCUCACAUUCCAACAAAUUCCACAGUAAAGGGGUUCGCACCAGAUCAACAACAACCAGAUGCCCUACGUGAUACCAUCAAAGAUUCAGAUUUAAUCUUAAUCCCCGCAGGAGUACCAAGAAAACCAGGUAUGACAAGAGAUGAUCUUUUCAAUAUUAACGCCGGUAUCGUCCAUGACUUGGCGCAAACUAUCGCAAAAGAAGCUCCAAAUUCAUCCAUAUUAGUAAUUUCUAACCCUGUAAAUUCUACUGUACCAAUCGUUGCGGAAGUCCUUAAGGAACAUAACGUUUAUAAUCCGAAGAAAUUGUUCGGUGUCACCACGUUAGAUUUAAUUAGAUCCUCAAGGUUCCUUUCUGAAAUCUUAAAGACUGAUCCAACAAAGGAACAUGUUAACGUCAUUGGUGGUCAUUCUGGUAUUACUAUUAUUCCAAUCUUAUCUCAAUUAGAAAAUUGUUCCACUUUGUCCCAAGAACAAAAAAAUGAAUUGAUUCAUAGAAUUCAAUUCGGUGGAGAUGAAGUCGUAAAGGCUAAAGAUGGGGCUGGUUCAGCUACUUUAUCAAUGGCUUACGCUGGGGCUACAUUCGCUGAUGCUGUAAUGAGAGGUUUAAAUGAUGAAAAGAAUGUGGUUAUGUCAUCAUUCGUCGAUUCUCCAUUGUUUAAGAACGAAGGUAUAGAUUUCUUUGCUUCUAAAGUUACUUUGGGUCCAAAUGGGGUUGAAAAGAUUCAUGAGUUUGGUAAAUUAAAUCAACAUGAAAAUGAGAUGUUAGAAACAUGUAAGGAAACUUUGAAGAAAAAUAUUGAAAAGGGUUACACUUUUGUUAAGAACAAAAAGUAA